AUGAAUAAUACAACGACAAUGAGUUCGACUGAAGUUCACGCUGAAAAUGGAGGAAGUGAAAUGUUACGAGUGGUGGCGGCAACGAUCAUGUUUGUGGUGAGUUACAAAAUUUUGAGCCUUUGCCAAUUAAGAAACUCGUGAGGAAAAUUAUAUUCCGGUCGAGAUUCUGAAAAAUCUUCAGACUGUUUUAUAGAACGGUUCAAACUACUGCAAGUUCAUUCAGAGCUCCAAAUUUAGAAGUCAGAUUUUCUUAAUAUGAACUUUCUCAAAGUUCAGAAAACGCGGAACUUUUUAAUUAAUCCUCUGGUUAUGCGGAAGUUACCCCAGCUCGUUGAUUGAAAAUGACUUUUCAAAGAAAACUAUUUUGCGUGACAUUUUUUUCACGAAAAAUUGCAAAAAUUCCUAUUAUUUUUUUUUCCAAAAGCAACCAGACUUCCCAAUUUGACACCUAUUGUCAAAAAAUCUUUUGCAGCUCAGUGUUUUUGGAAUCUUUCUAAACUCCUCAGUUUUCUAUGGAUUGGUUACCCAAUCUUCCAAAAUCGGUGGAUUUUUCACCCUUUGCGGUUCAAAAACCAUCAGCAACAAUAUGAUUUGUCUCACAUUUCUUCUCUGGGCAGUUCCAUGCACUUCACUCAACUCAUAUUUUCUGCCACAUCAAGUUAAUAUAAUAUUUGGUCAACUUGGAGGAUGGGCACCUUAUAUAAUGGGACCAUUUACACAAUUAUGUAUGGCAAUCAAUCGAUUUUGUGCCUUGUUUUUCACACAUUUGUAUUCAAGAUCGUACCCAAUUCCAAUGAGUUUGGUAAGAAAUUCAAUCAACUUCUGAUCAUUUCUCUGAAAACCGGCGGAAAUUUGAUUGUCUAGUCAAUUAUUUCCAGCGUGUUCGAAAGAUUUUUGUUUACCCACUACGCAAAAAACUAGAAUAACAAAAAAACACACAAUAACAAUUCGCCCUCUUUUUCAGACAGGUGUCCUUAUAUUCUGGACAAUAUCAUUCAUUAUAACUUCAUUGGGUUUGCCUCCAGGAUGCGGUUUUAUUUAUGUAAUAUCUCGAUUGGCUUGGGAACCCGAAGAAUCCGAAUGCGCUGUCAAUUUCGCGAUCGGAUUUUUCCAUUUAGUUGUCGCAACUUCGGUUUUUGCAAAUAUUUUCAACACAUCAAUCGCUCUUAAAUUAAUUGCAAUGGCUGCUGGAGCAACAGGAAUUGAUGAAAGUAUUAGUGUGCAAAGAAGAAAGAGAAGAACUAGAAUGUAUAUUCAGGUAAAUACAAACGAAAUCCAAUAGCGAAAUUAAGCAUACGCUAAUAUUCUCGAAAUUUCUACUCUUUCGGGUAAAAAUAUUGUGCAUAAGUCAGAAAAUUAUCUCUCAAAUUAGAUUGAACUAAGAAAAUAAGCAUGACGUAGGAACAAUUUAAUAUGAUUCCAGAGCGUCACCCAAGAUUGUCUCCAUGUCAUGGAUACUAUCAACUGCUCAAUCAUCUCGCACUUCUCAGAUGCUGUCUGGUAUCGUUUCGUCUUUUCGUCACUCUCAUUUCUUGGAAUCCACGUUUUUGACGGUCUCAUCAUGAUUUUGUUCAACAAACAACUUCGUCCUGUUUGCUUUCAACAAAAGGAAACAAAAAUUUCACAUCUAAACUAUUCUGUUCGAGUUUCAACAGCAGUUUCUAAUUAA